AUGAAUUCUCAAAGUGCUCAAAGAUACAGUUCUGUGAGUAAUGAAGUUCAUUUGUUAACUAUCAAUGAAGGAAGAAGUUAUGAUGAAAUUGCAAGGUUAUAUAAUACAACAAAAACCAAUCUUGAAGAUAGUCCUGACCUUACAUUAGAACAAUUAC